GCCAGUCGGUUUGAAUUGCUACGCUACAGGAAUUAGUAAGCGAUGGAAGAAAUUGGGUUAGCACCACAAGUUACAAAGGAACUUGAGAUAACCGAAAGUUCGGGAAUAAACUUUGGGCAUAUAGAUCCUCUCCAGCUGAGCGAGGAAGAUCUGUAUGUAAAACUAAAGAUCCUUGAAAAGCAAAUUGAGUUCAUUCAGGUACAAGAAAACUAUAUCAAAGAUGAACAGAAAAAUUUAAAAAAAGAGUACUUGCAUGCCCAAGAAGAAGUCAAGCGUAUCAAAAGCGUCCCUCUUGUCAUUGGACAGUUUCUAGAAGCUGUCGAUCAGAGCACCGGUAUUGUAGGAUCCACAACUGGUUCGAAUUACUACGUUCGAAUAUUAUCUACAAUCGAUCGUGAGCUGUUAAAGCCAAGUGCCAGCGUCGCUCUCCACAAACACAGCAAUGCUUUGGUUGAUGUCCUUCCCCCAGAAGCAGAUAGUAGUAUCACAAUGCUUCAGGCUGAUGAGAAACCUGAUGUAUCCUACUCUGAUAUUGGUGGUAUGGAUAUGCAGAAGCAGGAAGUGAGAGAAGCUGUUGAAUUGCCUUUAACUCAUUUCGAAUUAUACAAGCAAAUUGGGAUUGAUCCACCUAGAGGUGUUCUAAUGUAUGGUCCUCCAGGUUGUGGGAAGACAAUGUUAGCCAAAGCAGUCGCUCAUCAUACUACUGCUGCUUUUAUUCGUGUUGUUGGAUCGGAAUUUGUCCAGAAGUAUCUGGGAGAAGGUCCUCGAAUGGUUCGGGAUGUGUUUCGUUUGGCUAAAGAAAAUGCUCCAGCAAUCAUAUUUAUCGACGAAAUCGAUGCUAUCGCCACUAAGCGGUUUGAUGCUCAAACUGGAGCUGACCGUGAAGUACAGCGUAUCCUAUUAGAACUGUUGAACCAAAUGGACGGAUUCGACCAAAACGUAAAUGUGAAGGUUAUUAUGGCUACAAAUCGUGCCGAUACAUUAGACCCAGCACUUUUGCGCCCUGGUCGACUUGAUCGCAAAAUCGAAUUCCCAAUGCCAGAUCGUCGUCAAAAACGCCUUAUUUUCUCAACUGUCACCAGCAAAAUGAAUCUCAGUGAUGAUAUUGACUUAGAAGAUUAUGUUGCACGACCAGAUAAGAUCUCUGGUGCAGACAUCAACGCUAUUUGCCAAGAGGUAAUAUUUCUGCAUUAUCAAGUAACUCAAUUCAAAUACAUCUUCAAUAUAUAUCGUGAUUUGUUUGCCGUAACCCAAUGUUCUGAUAUUUUGUUUCAUCUAUUGAGUGUGUUUACGACUGAUAUUCUCAUUUCACUCUUUACACAGUAGAUUUCUCUUUAAAACAGAUUGUAAAACUUGCUUCAUCCUUUUAUUCUUUUUAGGCUGGAAUGCAGGCAGUUCGAGAAAAUCGUUAUGUUGUUCUAGCAAAAGAUUUUGAGAAAGGUUACAAAAAUAGUUUAAAGAAAGAUGAACAAGAACUGGAAUUUUACAAGUAG